AACGUAAGGGGGCGUUGUACGUUUGGUCUUUACGUAACCAAAAUACUUUUUUUCUUGACAAAAUAGAUAUAAAAGCCAUGGAAUUUGUUUAGCUAAACAGACUCAAAUUUGUAGAUCACUCACUGUAAUCAAGGCGUAAAAAUAUAAACGAAAAGUUUCUCGAGUAACAGCAAUCAUGUUACGGAUUUUUGCCACUAUUCUCCUAAUUGGUUCCUUGUAUCACGUGACGGCACAGCGUCGACAAGAUCUAUGCGAAGGUUGUGUAAUGGUAAAUGGGGCCGGGUACAACGACCACCCUGAUUGUGACAAGUAUAUCCAGUGCCAUUACAACGACCAAAAUGUACUUGAAGGCGAAAUCAUGAACUGCGCAUUCGGAACACACUGGGAUAUGGGAAAUCUAACAUGUCUACCCAUUGGACAGACGGAAUGUAACAACGACCAAUGUAAAAACGAGGCUGAUGGCGUUUUGAAGCUUGCUCACACAAACUGUAGAGGUUACAUAAAGUGUAUGAACAAGAAAUCAGAAGUAAUGUGCUGCUCAUACAAUCAAAUUUAUAUUCACGGAGUUGGAUGUGUUGAAGAUGUCGACGACAGGUGUAACGAUACAUGUCUUGGUGUUAGCGAGAGCAAACUGUAUCCUAAACAAUGUGACUUUGUCGAGGUUCCUAACAAUCCUACGAUGUUUAAACUGUACGUCGCCGGCCAUGGACUGAUUGAUCAACAGUGUGCACCGGGCUCAUAUUUUAUUAAGGAAGCAUGCGCGUGUAUCGGUUUUACAAAGCCCAUUGUAACGAAACCUGUUUGCAAGCCCGAGAUCCAUUUACCAUUCACUAAAAAUCACGAGGACGAGUCAGGGAAUAGAAAUUACGUCUUCAAUGAUAAUGUUGAAAUUAAUAAUGGUGUCGCACGUUUCAACGGUGUCAAUAGCCGACUGGUUAUUCCUAGAUUUACCAACCUAGAACACAACACAGAAGUUGUCAUUAAGAUCAAGUACAGCUCAAAGCACGGAAACAUUACCGGGUUAGCACGUGCUCUAAUUUCUAACAGCGACUGUGGUAAUCUGCCUUCAGUUAUGGUUUCCGAGGAUAAAAGCAAUGUUUACUUCGGAGUUGGAACAGACAGAGUCUCAUUUGCGUAUACAUAUGUACCACAGACCCCAGCCGAUCCUUCUCAAAAAGUCGAGAAGAUUGCCACAUACAGGUUUGUCGGUGGUGAAUUAAUUGGUAGUAAUGGCGCUAAUACCGACAGCGUACCGGCUCCAGGAUAUUUGCACAAUGUGAGAUGCGCUAUCCAUAUUGGACACGCCGAAAAGCUUUUGCCAUUUGAUGGAGAUAUCGACGAAAUAUCCAUCUAUCUGUGUGACCCUGACAAACCAUAACUUUCUUAGAACUAUAUCGUCAUGUUAUCUAUGUCAUACAUGUUUUGAAUCAUGUUCUUUUUCUGCUUAGAAACAUUGAAAUCCUCCAAUCCUUAUUUAUUUCCAUGUCAAUAUAACGACUUUCUUUCGAUUAGACUAUUUUUUUCAAUUUCACCAUUUUUCUUCGGGUUGUCAUAAUAUUUUAACUUGAAUAUUGAGAAAUAAACUGAAGGAAACGUUGCAUA